AUGCCAUACUCCGUCUUCAAGAAGCUUAAGCUAGGUGAGCUCCUCCCUACCAACAUGACCCUUCGAUUGGCCGACCGUUCCAUUAAGUUCCCUAAGGGUAGAAUUGAGGAUGUUCCCCUCAAGAUAGGUGACUUUACAUUCCUCGUUGAUUUCAUUGUGCUUGAGAUUGCGGAAGAUGACAACAUACCUAUCAUUUUAGGGAGAUCAUUCCUAGAAACUUUGGGUGCCUUGAUAACUGUGAAAGGAGGCAUUAUAACUUUGUGUGUUGGUAAUGAUACAGCUAGUUUCAAACUCAAGCCCAUGCAUGAGUCUCUAUCUUAUGUGCAAGGAAUUAUGUGUAUUAAUUCGUUUCCCUUGAAUGACAUUGCUUGCACUUUUGCGUCGUCUACUAAUGAUGUUCUUGAAGGUUGUGAUAAUGCUCAUAUAUAUAAGUGUUGA